UAUAUAAGGCGAUACAUUUACCAUAUUUAAUUAACAUUUCGUUUCCGACUCUAAGCGUGUCAAGCGCGUCAAGAUGGUGAAAAAGUCAGAAAAACGCGGGGUUCGCUCUGGAAACACACUCCGAGCUUCGAAUACCCGCUUCACUCGCAAAUACCAUGGUGAAAGUUGUAUAGUGAGAGAGAGCACUAACCUUAGCAGACGACAGUCAAACGACGAAGCAGACGACUCACAUCUUGAUGCAGAUGGAGUAUUCUACUCUCUCAACAAAAAGGGAAGGUGGGCUUUGCCAAAACUGAUCAAAGAGAAUAUCGACCAUGACGAACACGACGUAAGGGUGUCAUUGUACCAAAGACACAAGCUCACACGUCAGUCAAACUGCGUGGAGUUUUCAUGCAGUGAAGGACAAGUCAAAUCAGUCGUAUCGAAAUCGAGUUACUUCAACGACUCCAGCGUGCUCCCAAGAAAUAAAGCAAAGGAAGGAAGGAGAACACGAAGGAAGGACAAACAAACACAGGUCAGUCUAAACGGGGGAAGGGAUGAAGGCCUGACUGACCCUGACCCCGAUAUACGAUAUGACGUGUUCUAUCCCUCACCCGCAACCAGCUCUAUUUCUCAUAACCCUAAAUACAUGCGGUUACUCGAUAAUGGCGAGUUUAAGUCAUCUGGGAAAGGUCGCAAAAGGAGGGACAGAAGGCACCCUUCAGUGAACUGUGAUGAACCAAUCCUGGACAUCGAGGAGUAUGAUUCAUUUGAUGACCAACAGAGCGAAAAUGAAUUCGACUCUGAAUGUGAUGUUUCUGGGGAUGUUCAAACACCAGAGGUGAUGCUGAUUGAUGUGUUAGAAGCAGCAGAACGAGCAAGAGGCCUAUGUACCGAGCAGCCAAAACGACGAAGAGUGAAGGCGAAGAAGAAGCCAAACAGGGCGGAGGAGGACUGGGUUCUCGUUCCAAGUAGGGAAGACGAAAAUGAUGAAGCAUACUCCAGCAGUGACGAUGAAAGCAACAGCUCCGGGUCUACGUUCACUAGGCUCCCUCCAACACCGAAGAUGGAAUCUGUCCGAGUUAUCCUUCAGUGUGACACAAUUCACCCACACCAACUGCAGGAGACAUUCCAACAUAGAUACACGGAGGCCCAGUGUGAACCACGGAAAUUCAUCAUAGACACGACAGAGGAUGUGUCAGAGGCUGUUAGGAAAUCCAAACAAGCUCAAAUGGGGUUUCUUGGAGGAAUUGAUUUCUCGUCUUGUCUAGUUUUUGCACGCGAUGCAAGUUACGACACGGGACUAGAUGUUUAUCGAGUGCAGUUUAACAUCAACUGCAGUGUAGGCACAAUACGUCUUGAGGCUUUGUUUGACCUGAUGCCUACAACGAUACCCGAGGUGAUACAAGCUACUGCCAUGUUUGCUUCCACUCUGCCAGCUGAAAGCUUCCAGAAGAAGGAGAUGGGUGAAAUGGCGUCAGCUGAUCAAAAGGUCAUGAUGUUGCAGCUGGUGACCUCUGUCAACAAGUGGAACACACACAGCCUCCAUCUUGAUGACCUAAGUGUUGAUGACAAAGAAGAGUUUGUGCACAUUUCUGAAAAUGAAGCACUGACACCUGCCCCCACCAACGACAACGAAAGGAAGGAACAAUAUUGCAACAUCUGCUUUGAUGAAAUCAACCCUGAGCUGUUUGACAGCAAGACGGCAAGCUGUGUCCUGCCAUGUCGACACUGGUUCUGUGACGAAUGUUGGAAGGAACACAUCAUGGAAAGAAUUCACUCCGGGGCUCUGAAGAUAAAGUGUCCUGAAUACAAAUGUGACUCUGUUGCUGAUACAGCAAUGCUUCUGUCUCUCGUCAGCAUCAAGCACGUCCAGCUGCUGCAGAAACAAAGGGCGAGUUUGGAUGUGGAAACUAACCCAAAUUUAAAAUGGUGCCCAAAUCCAAGAUGUGGCCGGGUAUUGAAGAGGCGAAACGACGGGAAGGAUUCGGUGACAGUCAGUUGUGAGUGUGGUCAGGUCGUCUGCUUCUCCUGCCUCAGAGACGCUCAUUGGCCUGCUUCUUGUGAGCAGACGACACAUUAUGCACAGAAAUUAAAGAAGCACGGUGACGACAAGAUAAAAGAUGUGGUCACAGUUGGCGUGCGGGGAAAACAAUGCCCCAAAUGUUUCCGACACAUUGUGAAGAAUGGAGGAUGCAAGUGCAUGGUGUGUCUUUGCGGAUACACAUUUUGCUGGAUCUGCUGCUCGCCAUGGGAAGGUAACCAUUACUCUGUGAAAUGUCGAAGUGUUGGAACAUUCAGAAAGACGAUCAAACAUGUCGAUACUUCCAGUCGAGAUCAACAGACCAGUUUGUACAAGAUGGCUGUUGUUCACAGGAACCAGCGACAGACUAGAAACGUACGAGCUCUCAAAUCCACAACCGACUCACUGAACAUCCAGCUACGAAAUCUCAUGCUGAAGGGGGUUGAUAUCGGAGCAUCGCGUAUCCAAAACGAUGGCACGCCGGUGACUGCCAAGCACGUACGCGACUUCCUCGUGCAGGUCAUGCAGCUCAAGCUGGAGCUCAACCACGUGAUCGAGUACACGGCAGUGCUUUUGGAUGGCCGAAUGCUCAGUAGAGGAACACGAAAACUGACUCAUAUUUGUCACAGACUUGACUCUAUCUCCAAAUCUAUGGACGCAGACUUAGCCAGCAAGGGGAAACAAGAGCUGUUGAGGGUUCUGGGUAGCCUCAGUUAUCUCCGGUCCCUGUCUAGGCGGGGAGUUACCGCCCUUGUCAAACACCUGGCACUGGUUCAACAAAUCGAAGAAUUUGACAAUGAGUUAAGACAAUGAUAGAGUUUCCAGUAACUGAUUUGAAUUUGAGAGUGUGUUCAAACGUUUCUAGUGGUUGUCGUUGAAAGAAUGAUAUUAUGUAUAAUUUAAUAUAUUUCUUGAUAUAAAGGUAUUAUUUCAA